CGGAAGUAAAGGUUUGCAGGGUAAACUUCGACAGCGGUGAAUGGGAGUCCACAGCAAAUAUUAUUUUCACUUACCAGUUUUCUCCAAGAGCAAAAGAAAAAUACACUCUUACGUUUGAAUGACUUAUCAGAAGAGGAAAAAAAUAGAGAGUGAUUGAUUAAGACCUUAAAAUGUGAGAAGGUGGCAAAUUUACUGUCAUUCUCUCAGCAGAAACUCCCUCGCAGCUGUGGUAACUCGUUUUUUACAACUAAUUCCAGGGUAAUAUAACACAAAGUAGAAUGUUAUAAAUUGACACUAAAUAUUUAAAAAAUCUAUAAUAUAAAAAAAAAAAAUCGCGAGGCUGAUAAUAAGGCGGAAACGCGUCAUCACAGUCUGUGAAAGGUGUAGCUGAGCUUCGCUUCCUCGAGCGUCAAGGAAGUACAGGGGUCACCUUUUUUAUUCACUCCUAUUUUAAAACAAUCCAUUUUACACUUAGACGAUAAUUUUCUGUUACCGAAUCUGUAAUUGUCGUUGUGCUCAGUAAAGAAUGACAGAUAUUGUCCGACAGGUUUUUUUGACAGGGCGCUGCCGGGUGAAUGCGCUGGGCGUGUUUAUGAAGAUAACAGCGCUCAACAAGAGCUGGAUAUGAAAACUGUCAUGAACAGAUAAUGCUCAGUAACCGUCGUCCCUGCUCUACAAUAGGCCAGUCUCACUGAAGAGUGUCAUGUAGUCUAAGGAGUGUCCACAUACUGCUGUUUUUUGCAACCCUUUUGGUUAACUGCUAAACUCUUAUAUGAACUCAUGAAAUCUGGCUUGAUAGUGUCAGUUUCAGCUGAUGAAAAUUAGGCAAGGACGAGGCUUGUAAACUUUUUUUUUUCUUUUUUCUUUUUUUUUUUUUUCUUUUCUGGUCGUCUUGCUCUCCUGAUGUAUGGGACAAUGUUGCGAAUGACAAGAUUUACUAUAGGUAAACUGCAGCAGUGCUCUCGUUCAGAGAGAGUUUCCCAUUUGCCUAAUAGGACAUCAAGAAUACUAUGGACAGGGCAAGUGUGUAAGAAUGGAUCAUUUGAUGUCCUUAAGUUGCCUGUGUAUGGAAGGAAUACAUCUCAGCUUUCAUGUGUCAGAACUGGAGGGUUGUUUUUACCCAGGUGUGUGUGGACACACUCCAGACUGUCGAUUGCUCUCUAUAGCACAUCUAUUGACUCCAAACAAACCUCAAAGCCUGUGGGAAAUCAGGAGAGUAAAGUUAAGCCCUCAGAAAACUCAUUAUGUCUACCCUCAGAAGAUGUCAGGAAGUUGCUGCAGCUGGCUUAUCCUCAGCGAUGGAGACUGACAGCUGCCAUGGGCUUUCUGGUGGUCUCCAGCACUGUCACCAUGUCUGCACCAUUUUUUCUGGGAAAAGUGAUUGACACUAUUUACACCAGCUCCACAGAGGACUUCACUGCCUCCCUUACCUCCCUCUGUAUCAUGCUUGCAGGGGUCUUCCUCUGCGGAGGGGCUGCAAAUGCUGCUCGUGUCUACCUCAUGCAAAUCUCAGGGCAACAGAUUGUGCGAAACAUGCGUGAAUCCCUUUUCUCCUCAAUUUUGAAGCAGGAGGUGGGAUUCUUUGAUAAGACCAGAACUGGUGAGCUCAUUAACCGGCUUUCGGCAGACACGGCCAUUGUUGGACGCUGCCUCACUGACAACCUGUCUGAUGGGCUGCGGUCUCUUGCCCAGGCAGGGGCUGGAGUUGGCAUGAUGUUAUAUGUUUCACCCAGUCUGGCAGCCUUUGUGCUGAUGGUUGUUCCUCCCAUUGCCUGCCUGGCCGUAAUUUUUGGUAGAUACCUGCGCUCUAUAUCCAGACGCACACAGGAUGCAUUAGCUGAGGCCACACAGUUGGCAGAAGAGAGGAUUAGCAACAUGCGGACAGUUCGAGCGUUUGGAAAAGAGCUGACGGAGGUACAGAAGUAUGCAGAAAAGAUCGACCAUGUUUUUGAACUAGCAAAGAAAGAGGCUGUGCUUUCCGCUGGAUUCUAUGGAGUGACGGGACUGAGUGGAAACAUCAUCAUUCUGAGUGUGUUGUAUAAGGGCGGUCUGCUGAUGGCCAGUGAAGCCAUGACUGUUGGGCAGCUCUCCUCUUUCCUCAUGUAUGCCUUCUGGGUGGGCAUCAGCAUCGCAGGUUUCAGCUCAUUCUACUCAGAGCUGAUGAAGGGGCUUGGUGCUGGUACACGUCUGUGGGAACUCAUGGACAGAAAGCCUGAAUUUCCCCUCAAUGAAGGGCUUGUGUUAAGACCAGAGCAGUUAAAAGGAGAACUGGAGUUUCGUAAUGUGUCGUUUGCUUACCCAACGAGGAAGGAUUCACCCAUCUUUCAGGAUCUAAGUCUUUCUGUACCAGCAGGGUCAAUAAUGGCAGUUGUGGGACCCAGUGGCUCGGGCAAAUCCACUCUGGUGUCACUUUUAAUCCGCCUUUAUGACCCUGACUCGGGUAUGGUCACAGUUGAUGGCCGGGAUGUACGAGACUUGAAUCCUUAUUGGCUGAGGAGUCAUAUUGGUACCGUAAGCCAGGAGCCGGUUCUUUUCUCCUGUUCCAUUGCUGAGAACAUUGCUUACGGAGCAACAGACCCAAGUCAAGUCACAGCACAAGACAUCUACAGGGCAGCACAGAACGCCAAUGCUCAUGACUUCAUCCAGGACUUCCCUAAGGGCUAUGAUACAGUGGUAGGAGAAAAGGGUGUACUGCUGUCAGGUGGACAAAAACAAAGAGUUGCCAUAGCACGAGCCCUGCUGAAGAAUCCCAAGAUACUUUUAUUGGAUGAAGCCACAAGUGCCCUGGAUGCAGAGAAUGAGUUCCUGGUACAAGAGGCGUUGGAGCGGCUGAUGCAUGGUCGCACUGUGUUGAUCAUCGCUCACCGUCUCUCCACCAUCCAAAGCGCUGACGCCGUGGCUGUGCUGGAUCAGCACCGUGUGGUGGAGAUCGGCAGCCAUGCUCAGCUCCUUGCCAACGACCAGGGGCUCUUCCGCAAACUGAUGGAGAAGCAGGCCUUCCUGCAGGCUGAGCAGAAACAGGCUCUCUUCAAAUAGGAGAAACCCAGUAAUUUAAAGAGAACAAAGAAAGUGCACACUUUGAUAGAUACAAACAUAUUUAAAAUGCUGCUCAUAUGAUGUUUUAAUGUGUCAUUGAGCACUUCUACAUGACUGAAAUGUAGCUAUUCAGCAUUUGCAGUAUCACAAACUACCAAAUAACUGGAAACCAGUUGUAUUCUGAUCAUUGUUAAUUACAAGGUGCAGCUGUGCUGUUAUUUUUAUUAAAUGGUAGACAGUCACAGCAUAAAUGGCAAUCAUUGCAGCUGUGGACAUGAUUUUACACUCAGAGUUGCAAAAAAAUCACAUGUCUCCAGAGAUGUAAAAAACCUUGCCACUGAACAAAUUUUUUUUUUUUGCAAAUUAUUGCAAGUUUUACCCAAGCAAGAGUGUACGACAGCACGAUUUUAUACAACACUUCUAUAAACAAGGAGUUAAUACUGUGUAACUUGCAUUUUAGACACAUGUAUGGCCAGUUAGCAUGCCUGUUUUUGCUCUGCUAAUGGAAAUGGUUUCAAACGAAGUAGGCAACUAACACUGAUGGAGUGAUACCAACAGUGAAGUAUCCCAGUGCUGUUAUUCUAAAUAUCAGUUCUCUUGAAAUACACCUGUCCAUAGAAGACUGAAACUAAAUUAAGUUUUUUAUAAUGCAGCAUAGUUUUUCUCAGAUUACAGCUACAUGUGUUUUAAUCAUCUCUUUUUCGCCUUUGGUAAUGACAUAGAUGUGAAUGUAUUGUGCCUAGAUCAUAAACCACGAAGCUUUUACUAGGAAUUAAACCAACUCCAAUUCUAACCCAACUACUGUGCCACUAUCUUUUGCCAGAUACUGUUUUUGGAGGAGCAUCUGUAAAAAGGAUGAAUUAUAGGUGCAGUUGUUUUUUUUUAGAACAAA